CAUACACUGUACUGUACCUUCGACGCAUUCGAGUUGCACUCAGCUAUCGCCAUACAAUGACUCGAUGACCUGUUACCGCUGCUUGAUCUCACCUCUACUUUGAGUUUUUUGCAUAGCUUACAGCAUAUCUCAGCGGCCAUGUCGACCGAACCAUCCUGGCCUUCUCUCUACAACUGGGCCAUCGAGGUAUUCCCCAUCGAGGGUAAGCUACCCGUACAACCAGAAGGUGUCUACCUCUAUGAUCGUAAUGAGAUCUUCCGCUUUACGCUCUACUGGACACUCGUAUUCUACACACCCGCCUACAUUCUGUGUGCCUCGUACGCCUUCCUAAAUCUGACGUUCCCGCCAACGAGAAUCCCGCGACGCACUCCGCGCACCCGCUCUCGACCGUCCUUUGGCAUGCCUUUCCCCUCCUCGUACUUUCCCCCUGCGCCCACCGUCACUGGCAUUGAGAUCCCACUGAUGGAGGCGGCACCCAAGCGUGUCCCAGGGAACACCCAGACACAGGCCAUCCUUGCUCAUCGAUAUCGCGCCCUGUUCAAGCCGAAUGAAAGGCGCUCUCGGUUGGCGUUCGCCUUGCUCGUCUUUCUUGCCUUCGCCACCUUCUCUGUUGCCGGCGCGGUAGUCGGUUCUGCAAUCAUUGGGUACAUCCUAGCCGCUGUGUUCCAGGCUGGGCACUACAACAUGUCUACAUGGAUGCCCUUCUUGGCGGGUCUGUUGCAGACUUUGGUGGGUUUAUUAGGGCUGUGGCCGUCGGUCAUCGACUUCAUAUGAGCAUUGCGCCCUGUACACCGUACCAUGCGCAUUUGUGCCGCGAAUCGAAGGACAAGCCUGCGCACAUGUAAUGUAAGGCUUCUCUCAAGCUGUCCAGAGCAGGCAAUACGGACUGACUAAACAUGCAUUAUUUGC